AUGCCACUCAACCGACGCAAAUCCCACUCGCCGUUGCCUCCCAGCCCUCGCCCAGCAACAUUCUUUCCUCCCUCUCAUUAUGCCGAAGCUGGUGGCCUGACGCCCCGUCGACAAACCUCCCAUCCGCGAGAUGAACCUCCUCCGUCGCGUCCCAAUACUUCCUACAUGCCGAUAGCAUCCAAUUCAGAAUCCUCUUUUGAGUUCGCACCUAAAUCACCGGAGCCCAGUCGAAUAUCUACGGUCAACUCGAAGACCAGCCUUGACAAGAAAGGCGAGAGCCACAUGAAGAACCUUCCUUUUGUCGAAGCCCAACUUUUACCAAGCCUACGAGACACCAUAAAUCGGAUGACGCGUCCACCAGUGAAAACCACUGCUUUGUCUCCAUCCCAUAUCGGAUCUAAUAAUAUCGGUUUCGCUCUCUCCCCUGAUCAUGAGCCUCAAUUAUCACCACAACCACCGAAACAACUCAAGUCCGCAUUACGCUCUCCAACACCCAAACUGCAGCUUCAAACGGCUCGAAUGCCUCUUUCCGCCUCAAAUUCACCGCGAGAAAUGACUUCAACUGUUCAGGUUGAUAUUCCGCCUACGCCAAAGCGCACCCGCCCUCGAUCCAGAACCGAUCCCGGGACGCCGAUGAAAACUGAGAACAAUCCGAACUCCCCUCGAGCGAAAGUUGCCUCUGGCAUUCCACGACUUCGAGGGAAGAAUGGUUUGAUGUCUGCCUCCUCUACUCCCCGGCCAAGACAGUAUCCCUUGCUUGAAAAUGAUUCCUCCUCCGAUUUUGAACUACGUUCCGAACAACGAUCGCUGAGGGUCGUCAAUGGCGUUCUUUCCAGCGAAAGUGAAAGUGAAAGCGAUGGGGAGUUCGGUCAAAUGGGACUUGGUUUGGGCCUUGGCAUCAACCCUCCUUAUCAACCACGCUCAUCCUUUGCCUCCAAACUGCGAGCUCGUAUCACCAACGAUGUUGAUUCGGUCGACGAAGCUGCCGAAAGGCGUCGCAAGGAACUUCUUGGGCUCGUUCAAGGCAUCAGUCACCUCGAACAACAAGUUGGGCAUUCCGCUGAUCCAGAGUACCCUAGCGAAGGAAAAAGAACACAUUCGACGCCUCGCCUCCUGGUCUCCUCAUCGAGUGGUAUAGACGGAGAGCUUGAUCGUGGAGUGCGUCCUUUAUCAUUUUGGAAUCGUAGCAAGACGCAUUCUGAGUCAACUACAAAAUCACCUUCACGAUCUCCCGUUAUUCGUCAAUCUCCCAAUGCGACACCCAGGACUGUAGAACAAUCGAAAAUCCCGUCUUCGGCCAUACCUGCCGCCAUUCGUCGUCAUUCCAUAUAUUACGCGAAACCACCAUCUCCAUCGGUCCCAUCACCACCAUUACCGCAGACCCCUGCGACUGACGAAGAAGAAUAUAGCCUUGUUACUCAGUCCCCGGAGAGCAUAUAUGACGACGAAGAAACAUGGUCUCCGAAUCCCCCGAUGUUGUCCCAUUUACGUCCUCCGAAAGACAACUCACAGCACCAUCGACAAUCGGACGACCUUGCAAAAUCUGAUGCCGUUCUCCUCGCAUUAAAUUCACGUCUUGAUGCGGCUCGGGAACGAGAAGCAUUUGGCUUACCACCGUCUGUUUCUGAUGUGGGUGCCCGCGAACGGCUUUCUUACUUGGAUAGUGAAUCCGAACUUGCUCGAGCGAGAUGGGAUGAAGAGGAUGGUACAACCACCAACAGACGCGGAAUGGCCGGUUUGAGCAUUGGCGCGGACAAUCUAUUCCGAGCUCUCGGUGCGCGAACUGUUGAUGCUCAAAUUGUUAGUGAGCACAAUUGGCGAGAUCGAGAUCGUCGACGCGACCGCUCAAGCUCAUUGCUGGAUCAAGAAGAUGUCAGAGUGGCCCAGGGUACUCGGCAACAAUCAGUCGUGCAGACGGUGAACCUAUACGAUGACGAAGAACGUCUGCCCCAAGAAAACCGAAGUCUGGAUCAGCUUUCUUCACAAUCUCAGCGCUUUGAUGAGGUUCAGCAGCAUCAGCCAAUUCCUUCCCCACCAAGCAAAGAUGCAUGGCAGGCCUCUUUACCAGCUUCGGUGUACGCUUCAGUGGUCGAUCGUUACGGCACACUCGAGAUCCGCCGACAGGAGACAAUACACGACCUUGUUGUUUCUGAAGAAGCUUUUGUUUCCCGUCUCAAUCACACUGUUCGACUCUUUGUUCUUCCUCUCCGCAUGCAAGACUCGAAGGACUACGUUGCUGGAGUGCCUACUGAGAUUGGGAUGCUCUUUGAUUGGCUAGAAGACCUUCUGAAUCUCCACACCCAACUCUUGGCCGCGCUCAGAAAAGCUCAGCAAACACAGCAACCUGUCGUUGAACGGUUGGCUGGGAUUGUCCUCGAGAGCUUUGUGAAGCAAUUAGAGGUAUAUCAACCGUAUCUGGCGCGGCUAGUUGGUAUUGCAGGAACGAUCGCCCGUCUUGUCGCCGAUGCCUUAAGUGACUUCGGCGAGUUUGUGAGGAUACAAGAGAGCGUUCAAGAAUGGAGUUUAGAGGCCUUGCUGGUUGCCCCAGUAACGAGGCUGGGAGGUUAUCCCACUAUAUUUCGGAUACUUCUAGAAGAAACCCCCCAGACUCAUAUCGACUAUAUCCCGACUUUCAUGCUAUUACAUGCAACCGAGUCCAUGAUUCAAAUUAUGACUGAGGUCAAGGUGCGCGAAGACGAAUACGAUGCUGUCAAGAGUGUAUCUCAAUCCGUUCACGGUCUACCUUGUGUUGCGAAACGCGGCCGCAAACUUCUUCAUCAAGGACAGCUUGAAUUGGUCGACACUAUCAGCUCGGUCUCUCAUGCUCAAAGAACGCCCUCGUUGCAUCAAUUUCCUGACCGACUCUCGUCCACCAGUUUUCCCAAAUCAAGGUCGACUCGUCCACCAAUAGCGCAAGAACAAUUAGAUUCGCCUGCCGCGCCAAUACAAGUAUUUGUGUUUACAGAUUUGAUUGUCUUUGCUAGCAACAGCAAACGAAGAUCUAGGCAUGACCUUGCAACAGAGGAAUGGACGAUAAUGGAACGUAACGGGGUCGUUGGAAUUUUGAAUGUCUCAGAAGACGAUUCUGUUAUAGUACUGGAUGUCGCUCCUCUCAGCUUCAAAGAACUAGAAGAACCUUCGAUUAUGCCUCAUGCGCCACUACAAGUCGUCAAACUCCGGAUUCCAGCGUCCACCUUGCCUAAAGAUUCAGAAUUGGAACUUUUCAAGACCUGGCUUGCUGCAUUUCAACUAUCUUCAAAGCUAACUAUUCGCGCGCUGUCGUUGCCUAAAAUCUCGAUAGAUUAUCGUUGGCCAGAGCAAGACUUCCAAGUGCCUCCUCCGCCUUUACCGAAGAGCCCGUCGAUGAUCGCGCAGGGAACAGUGCCACAUAAGCAGGAAAGAGAAGAGAGAACUUGGUGGUCGAGACGCUUCCAUGAUGUAUUGAGUCAGGUCCAUCUACGCGAAUGA